AUAUAAAAUUAAAAAAAAAAAAAAAAAGCCUUCUCUCACUUCUUGUGUUACUUUGGAAGCCCACCUCUCUAUUCCCCUCCUCUCCUUCUUUGGGACCGGUCUCCGAAUCCAAAACCUCUACUGUUUUUGGCAGCUGGAAUAGGGGCUGAGGAAAGAGCCAUCUUUGGAUUCUUUUCCUUGUCAUUUUAUUUUCUGGUGUGCUCCCUUCUUUCUGGACUUGGUGGGGGUUAAAGUAGUGCAUCCCCCUACCUAUUCUUAUAUUCGCUGCUCUUUAUUUGUGAUCCAAAGUGUUGCUUCCUCUGGCAUUGUUGACCUUGCUGCUAUUUCUUUGGAACCACUAGGCUUCAAGACACAGUAGAGUUCGUCUGCACUAAAGCAGCCCUUUUCUCAACUUUCAGAUCAUAUAUUGGGAUGAUUUCCUUGUUGAGUUGUUAGAUGUCUUAUGGCAGAGAUCUCUCCCACUCCAAGCUCCUCUGUUUUGAAGCAGAAAUCAGAAAAAGGCCUUCCUUUAUCUCAUUAGAUAACCCUUCCUUAGUUUCUAUCCCAUAUCACCACUCUGCUGGGUUCCAUCCCUUAGAACUCACUUACCUCAUAUGCUUCUCUAUGAGUGCUUCUUUCUACUCAAAUUUGUUAUAUCCAAGUUACCAAUGAGGAAGAGCACUGUAGUUCAGGCUCUUCUUAUCCUCCCACUCCUCACCUUCCAUGUUUUCUCCCAGCAAGAAGGCUCAACGGCCCCAAUGGAGAAGACAGAGCAAGAAGCUCUGUAUUUGGCGAUCCAAAGCUUCGUCGGCAAAUGGUGGAAUGGCUCAGAACUUUAUCCGGACCCCUGUGGCUGGACGCCGAUCCAGGGAGUAUCAUGUGAUUUUUUGGAUGGCCUGUGGUAUAUAACCGUCCUCGACAUCGGACCGGUACUGGAAAACUCCCUUGAAUGUACCCAGGAUGCAAAGUUUAGCCCAUUACUUUUCAAGUUCAAGCAUCUGAAGAGCCUAUGCUUCUUCAACUGCUUCUCUCCCCAUCAACCCACCACCAUCCCAUCCAGCAACUGGGAGAAGCUCGCUGGAAGCUUAGAAACCUUGGUGUUCCGAUCGAAUCAAGGCCUCAUUGGAGAAAUUCCAGCCAGCCUCGGUCAACUUACCAAUCUCAAGUCCCUAGUUCUAGUGGAGAACUCAUUAGCAGGAAUGCUGCCUCGAGAACUCGGCAGCCUAGUCCAUCUAAAGAGGCUGGUGCUCACAGGAAAUAGAUUCUCUGGUCAAAUUCCGGUUUCUCUGGCAGGCAAUCUCUCGGAGCUCUUAAUCUUGGACCUCAGCAGGAACAAUCUAAGCGGUCCUCUGCCAUCAUCUUUUGGCGGUCUCACUUCACUGUUGACACUAGAUUUGAGCAACAAUACCUUAGAAGGGAGUCUUCCAUCAGGGCUCGGAGAGCUGAGGAAUCUUACCCUGCUAGACCUCAGAAACAACAACUUUUCUGGUGGAUUAACUCACUCUCUUCAAAGCAUGACCUCCAUCCAAGACAUGCUUCUCUCCAACAACCCGCUCGGUGGGAAUCUCAUGGAGUUUGGGUGGGAGAAUCUAAGGAAUCUCACCACCUUGGACCUCUCCAACACAGGUCUAACUGGGGUGAUUCCAGAUUCUAUUUCCAGUUUGAAGACAUUGAGAUCCCUUGCAUUGGACAACAACCAUCUUUCUGGCAGUGUGUCUCCAAAGCUUGCAACUUUGCCUUCUCUAGGUGCACUCUAUCUUAGCGGUAACAAUUUGACAGGAGAGCUCGAGUUCUCUGAAGGGUUCUAUAAGAGGAUGGGGGGGAGAUUUACUUCCUGGAACAAUCCAAAUCUCUGCUACAAUUCUGAGGUGAUGAGCACAGGACAUGUCCCUGUGGGUGUGGAGCGUUGCAAACAUGAGCAAGAGAAUUCUGUUUAUAACUCAAGUACAGAAAACAUCGUUAGUAGUGGAAGCUCAAAUCAGAAUUCAGGUUUGCUGGCUUCCUUUGGGUUCUCAGCUUGCAUCAAUGGGUUCUGGUGGGUGAUUGUAGUCCAAGAGCUGGUGCCUUUGUUGCUUUUGAUUCUGCUAUAACAGGCACGUAUCAAUCAUACAUCUAUUGUCUUAUACAACCGCUUUUUAGGGACCUUUUAGGGACGUUUUGUAAUGAGAGUUGGAAGCAGGCAGGAUACUCUCGUGCAUUGUGGUAGACCAGCUGAUGAAUUACUCUUAGUGCUUCCCAACAUGCAAAAUGUAUUUAUGCUAUACAACUUAACUUUUGUUAUAUGAUGAUCACAAAUGUAACUUUUAUUAUACAGUUGUUUAUCUCCUCUAA